AUGCUGGGAUCGAAAUCGGGGUUACAGAAGCACGUCAAGGAAGUAACUCUGAAGGCCAAAGGGGUUCAUUGUAUGAUCCAUCGUUUUGCACUGGCGUCGAAAACCCUUCCUGAUGCCCUUUGUAAUAUCCUGGAAGCAGUGGUAAAAUGCGUCAACUUUGUGAAAGCAGGAGAUUUGAACUCUCCUCUUUUUCAGAACCUCUGUAGAGGCAUCGAUUCAAAGCAUGAAACCCUCCUCUUUUACUCCAAAGGGCGAUGGCUUUCCACUGGUAAUGUUGUGAAUCGAGUGUUCGAACUUCGGGAGAACAUAAGUUGUUCCUGGAAAUGA